AGGGCAGAGCUAUGCUGAUGAUGAGAUUUUCCUUCACCCCCCCGCCAGAUGCAAGAAGUGGCCCUCCUGGCUUGUGGGUCUCCAACCAUGCCACACAUCUGGGGUUCCCACUGGCCAAGUCUACCAUCUUUCUUCCAACCAAAUGAGUAAAAGCCAAGGAUCCGUCUUUGUCCGGAUACAUGCCCCAUGGCAGGUGCUGGCCAGAGAGGCAGAAUUCUUGAAGAUUAAAGUUCCCACCAAGAAAAUGUAUGAGAUCAAAUCUGAAGGCAGCAUUGCGAAGAAGUUCAAUGAGAUUCUGCAGAAGCUGAGCUCCCCCCUGCAGCCCAGAGUUCCAGAGCACAGCAACAGCAGGAUGAAGAACCUCUCCUAUCCUUUCUCCAGGGAGAAAAUGUACCUGUACAACAUCCGGGAUAAGGACACCUUCUUUGAUAAUGCGACCCGGAGCCGCAUCGUGCAUGAGAUCCUGAAGCGCACGUCCUGUUCUCGAGCCAACAACACGAUGGGUAUUAACUCUCUGAUAGCAAACAACAUCUACGAGGCCGCCUACCCUCUUCAUGACGGUGAAUAUGACAGUCCGGGCGAUGACAUGAAUGACAGGAAGCUGCUGUAUCAGGAAUGGGCACGCUAUGGAGUGUUUUAUAAGUUUCAACCUAUUGACCUCAUCAGAAAGUAUUUUGGAGAAAAAAUUGGACUGUAUUUUGCCUGGCUGGGAUUAUAUACAUAUUUCCUCAUCCCAUCUUCUGUAAUUGGGGUGAUUGUGUUUCUCUAUGGGUGUGCAACGAUCGAGGAAGAUAUCCCCAGCAAAGAGAUGUGUGACCAGCAGAAUGCCUUCACCAUGUGUCCCCUGUGUGACAAGUCCUGUGAUUACUGGAACCUCAGCUCAGCCUGUGGGACUGCACGGGCCAGCCACCUGUUUGACAACCCUGCCACCGUGUUCUUUUCCAUCUUCAUGGCUUUGUGGGCAACCAUGUUUCUUGAAAACUGGAAGAGAUUACAGAUGCGACUGGGCUACUUCUGGGACCUGACUGGUAUAGAAGAGGAAGAAGAACAUUCCCGGCCUGAGUAUGAAACCAAAGUUCGAGAGAAAUUGUUAAAAGAGAGUGACAAGUCAGUUGUCCAGAAAUUGGGACCCAGUGCAACCGAGAAUGAAGAUGAGGAUGAUGAUGAAGAUAAGCUGAACUGGAAAGAUCGAUUCCCAGGUUACUUGAUGAACUUUGCCUCCAUCCUGUUCAUGAUUGCCCUGACGUUCUCCAUCGUCUUUGGGGUCAUCGUGUAUCGGAUCACAACUAAAGCUGCACUGUCUCUCAACAAGGCCACCCGCUCCAAUGUCCGGGUGACGGUGACUGCAACAGCGGUCAUCAUCAACCUCGUAGUCAUCCUCAUCCUGGACGAGAUCUAUGGCGCCGUGGCCAAGUGGCUCACCAAAAUCGAGGUUCCAAAAACAGAACAGACUUUUGAAGAGCGCCUGAUACUCAAAGCUUUCUUGCUAAAAUUUGUGAAUGCCUACUCCCCCAUCUUCUACGUGGCCUUUUUCAAGGGGAGGUUUGUGGGAAGACCUGGAAGCUAUGUCUACGUGUUCGAUGGGUACCGCAUGGAAGAGUGUGCUCCCGGGGGCUGCCUUAUGGAGCUCUGCAUCCAGCUCAGCAUCAUCAUGUUGGGGAAGCAGCUGAUCCAGAACAACAUCUUUGAGAUCGGAGUCCCAAAGCUCAAGAAACUGUUUCGGAAGCUGAAAGAUGAGACAGAACCUGGAGAAACUGACUCUGCCCACUCAAAGCACCCCGAGCAGUGGGACCUCGACUAUAGCUUGGAACCAUACACCGGACUGACCCCAGAGUACAUGGAAAUGAUCAUCCAGUUCGGCUUUGUCACCCUCUUUGUGGCCUCUUUUCCUCUGGCCCCUGUGUUCGCCCUGCUCAACAAUGUCAUCGAGGUGCGGCUGGAUGCAAAGAAGUUUGUGACGGAGCUGAGACGGCCGGAUGCUGUGAGAACCAAAGACAUCGGGAUUUGGUUUGACAUUCUCUCCGGAAUUGGCAAGUUCUCUGUUAUCAUCAACGCUUUUGUCAUUGCCGUCACCUCUGACUUCAUCCCCCGUCUGGUAUACCAGUACUCCUACAGUAACAAUGGCACACUUCACGGCUUUGUCAACCACACCCUCUCCUUUUUCAAUGUCAGCCAGCUGAAGGAGGGAACACAGCCCGAAAACUCACAGUUUGACCAGGAGGUUCAGUUCUGCAGGUUUAAAGAUUACCGAGAACCACCCUGGGCUCCGAAUCCAUAUGAGUUUUCCAAGCAGUACUGGUCCGUUCUGUCUGCCCGUCUGGCUUUUGUCAUCAUCUUCCAGAACCUUGUGAUGUUCCUGAGUGUCCUCGUGGACUGGAUGAUCCCAGAUAUCCCCACGGACAUCAGCGACCAGAUCAAGAAAGAGAAGAGCCUGUUGGUGGACUUCUUCCUGAAGGAGGAGCAUGAGAAGCUCAAACUGGUGGAUGAGCCGGCCCAGAGGAGCCAGGGAGGAGGACACGAGAGCAGGAGGAGCCACGUGGCCAGCCCAGCACCCUCAGGCAGGAGCCAGCGGGGCAGCACAGCCUCUGCUGGUUCUCAGCACACCAACGUUUGACCCAGCUGCCCCCUGCAGAGGGCCUGCAGCUGCAGCGGGAGCAUGCAUACUGUGCAGUGCCUCUGCAAGGCUGUCUGUCCCUCUACCGAGAUCUGGCCUGAGAAGAUCUGAAAAGGGUGUGUGUGUGUGCGUGCGUGUGCUGCGUGUACGUGCGUGUAUGUAGAAAGAAUGAGUGAGUGUGAGUGCAGGAUGGAAGAGGUGAUGCUGCUUUUCAGAAACUUCAAACUUAAGUUUCUUUUAGGUCCUUCUAAGCUGCAUCCUUUUGGAGGAUUGGCCCCUACUUGAGUCAAUGAAAGAAUCAGGUCUCUCUACCCCAGGGUUCCAGGAUACCAGGAGCCUUCCUUGUGUUCCCUCAAGCACGCUCCCAUUUCACAUGCCCGCAGGCUGGGACUGAAGCUCAGGGCCCUGUCCUACCACUUCGUAAGUGCUUACCACCCUUUUCCACCAGUCCCCUGAGAAAACCCUCUGAGUCACUUGCAGCUGGGGCUGUAGUAGCCUCAGUGUAUGCAAGUUAAGUCAGAGGACUGAUCGCUGGGGCCUUGGGACCUGAUGAUGAUGAGUAGCAAAGGUCCAAACUUGGCUUGUCUCCGGUUCAUGUGACAGGGGUGCUUUGAGCUAAAUGCAAUUAACCAUCAUUUCAUGCAGGUUCAGAUUUAAAAUAACAAAAUAAAU